UUAUCUUAUUCAUUUAAAUAAUUCGCUAAUGUUGGCCUUCUCGCAACAGAGGGAGGCGCCGUGGAAAUGUAUCACCAUGGAGAGACGGAGAGAAGACGAGCACCCUUUGCGUUGAGUUAGCCGCUAAUGCGUUAUACGCAUUUGUUUUUAUUAUUGUUUUAUUUUCUCUGCUUUCUCUUACGGUAUCAAACAUGUGGUGAGCUAUCUGUCGACUAGAGAGAGAGAAGGGUGUUGUCAGAAAGAGGAAAGACAGAAGGAGGGGGCAUUAGGUGUUUUGGGGGGGGGAAAGGGGGAGACAGACCGACACCGAGAAGGUGAAUUGAUGUGCGAAAGCCUGCGACACGUCACUUUCCUGAGAAAUAAUCAUGCAAAAGAAAGAAAUGGCGUAAACCAUAACCCCAUAAAACAAGAGAGCGAACAAGACGCAUCUUCAAGGGAGACCCUCGCGUUCUCACGCUUAUUGGGAAUCUUUUGGGUGUGGCGUGUUGGCCGUGGGAGCUGUCAGUCUGCAGCUGGCCUAUCAGGAGCUCUCAGGAGAAUGGACCAGAGCAGACAGUCUAGCUGAGGAUGCCCCCCGUCCCUCCCCAUCUCUACACCUGCUCUCUCACUUCUCACACCAUGCUAGGAAGACACACUCUGCACCUCUGCUUUUGACCAACCCCCCCACUCCCCCCACCCCUCCCAAUACCUUAUUUCUCCCAGUAUCUCCAAUAACCUACUUAUUUGAGGUUAUUUGGAGGUCCUUUCUAUACCCAUUUCUGCCCACGAGUGAACUCCUGGUCAUAAUUAGUUUUUCUGGCUAGAAGACUGGAGGACAUGUCCUUAUUCUCAGAGAGUGGUCCCAGACGGCAGGGUUCCGGUGGGACGCGGCGCUCCAGCCCCCGCAGGAUGUCUGACCCGUGUCUGGUGUGUCUCCUGAGCCUGGCCCUCUGCCUGACACUGUCUUCCUGCCAGCGGGCCGACCUCAGCGGGAAACACCCCAUGGUCACCACGGGCUAUGGCAAGCUGCGCGGCGUCAGGAAGGAGCUCAACAACGAGAUCCUGGGGCCCGUGGAGCAGUACCUGGGCGUGCCCUAUGCCACCCCGCCCAUCGGCGAGCGUCGCUUCCAGCCCCCUGAGGCACCAGGUUCCUGGCAGGAGAUCCGCAACGCCACCCAGUUUGCCCCCGUGUGCCCGCAGAACGUACACGGGGUGCUGCCUGAGAUCAUGCUGCCGGUGUGGUUCACUGACAACCUGGACGCUGCAGCAGGCUACGUUCAGAACCAGAGUGAGGACUGUCUGUACCUCAAUGUCUACGUGCCCACUGAGGAUGGUCCGCUCACAAAAAAACACGAUGAGUCUACAAUGAACAAACCGAGGGAUGAAGAUAUCCGUGACCGUCGGAAGAAGCCGGUGAUGCUGUUCAUCCAUGGCGGCUCCUACAUGGAGGGGGCGGGAAACAUGUUCGACGCCAGCAUCCUCGCAGCCUACGGCAACGUCAUCGUGGUCACCAUGAACUACCGUCUGGGCGUGCUCGGGUUUCUGAGUACUGGGGACCAGUCAGCCAAGGGGAACUAUGGUCUGUUGGACCAGAUCCAGGCUCUGCGCUGGCUCAAUGAGAACAUUGGCCACUUUGGAGGAGACCCAGAGAGGAUCACCAUCUUUGGCUCCGGCGCCGGAGCCUCCUGUGUCAAUCUGCUCAUCCUCUCCCACCACUCUGAGGGGCUGUUCCAGAGGGCCAUAGCCCAGAGCGGCUCAGCCAUCUCCAGCUGGUCGGUCAACUACCGGCCCCUCAUGUACACCAAGAUCCUGGCUAAGAAGGUAGGCUGCAGCUACGGGGACACAGGCGACCUGGUGGAGUGUCUGAGGAGGAAGAGCUUCAGGGAGCUGGUGGACCAGGACAUCCAGCCGGCCAGGUAUCACAUCGCCUUCGGCCCCGUGGUGGAUGGAGACGUGGUUCCCGACGACCCCGAGAUUCUCAUGCAACAGGGGGAGUUCCUGAACUAUGACAUCCUGCUAGGGGUGAACCAGGGAGAAGGGCUGAAGUUUGUGGACGACAGUGAGGGGGAUGAUGGGAUCUCUGCAGCUUCCUUCGACUACACCAUCUCCAACUUUGUGGACAACCUGUAUGGAUACCCUGAGGGUAAGGACAUCCUGAGGGAGACCAUAAAGUUCAUGUACACAGACUGGGCCGACAGGGACAACGGAGACAUGAGGAGGAAGACCCUGCUGGCACUGUUCACAGAUCACCAGUGGGUGGCGCCAGCGGUGGCCACAGCCAAGCUGCAUGCUGAGUUCCAGUCUCCUGUCUACUUCUACACCUUCCACCACCAUUGCCAGACGGAGGCCCGGCCAGAGUGGGCAGACGCGGCCCACGGGGAUGAGCUGCCCUACGUGUUUGGGGUCCCAAUGGUGGGAGCCACCGACCUGUUCCCCUGUAACUUCUCCAAGAACGACGUCAUGCUCAGCGCUGUGGUCAUGACGUACUGGACCAACUUUGCCAAGACCGGGGAUCCCAACCUGCCUGUACCCCAGGACACUAAGUUCAUCCACACCAAGCCCAACCGCUUUGAGGAGGUCAUCUGGACCAAGUUCAGCUCCAAGGACAAGCAGUACCUCCACAUCGGCCUGAAGCCCCGCGUCAGGGACAACUACCGGGCCAACAAAGUGGCCUUCUGGCUGGAGCUGGUGCCUCACCUGCACUCCAUGCAUGAGGACAUCUACCCCAUCACCACCCGCCUGCCGCCUGGAGGAGGAGGUCCCCGCGUCCACCGGCCUGGUCCCCCUGGGGCACGCUCCACCCGCCACCCCGUCAUCUCCACCAACCCCCCCGAACCCGAGCCAGACCCCUCCGAGCCGCCCCGCCGCAACCCGUUCCCCGACGAGAUAAGGGACUACUCCACGGAGCUGAGUGUGACAGUGGCGGUGGGCGCCUCGCUGCUCUUCCUCAACGUGCUGGCCUUCGCAGCCCUCUACUACAAGCGGGACAAACGCCACGAGCUGCUGCAGAGACGCCACCGCCGCUUGUCCCCACAGCGCGGCAUAGGCACCACCAUGGGCAUGGGAAUGGUGGGCGCCCCGUCCCACAACGACCUGGCAUUGAGCCAGGAGGAAGAGCUCAUGUCCCUGCAGAUGAAGCAGCAGAGGGUGGAGAUGGAGCUCGGCAUCGGCACGCCCCUCCCUUCCCGGGGUCUCCACGGCGACCUGGACCCUCUACGGGCACAGGUGGGCCCACCAGACUACACGCUGGCCCUGCGGCGGGCACCGGAGGACGUGCCGCUGAUGACGGCCAACACCAUUACCAUGAUCCCAAGCACCAUCAGCGGCAUGCAGCCCCUCCACCCUUUCAACACCUACCCCCCCGCCCCGGCCCCCUCCACCACCCCAACCCCUGGCCACAGCAACAACGCCCUGCCACACCAACACUCCACCACCCGCGUAUAGGACGAGGCACAACCUCUGGUUCAGCAGAGAUACAAACAAACACCACAGAUGGAUCCCCUCCUAUUCUUUCUCUCUCUCACUGGGAUUAUCCUCCAGCUUUUUCCUGGGACUCUUUUUCUGUGUUGCUUUUUUCUUUUUUUCUCUCUGUUGUUCUGUUCUCUGUCAAUCUCCCCAUGAGGCUGUGCUGUCACCCCCUACCGUUGGGACACAUGGCUCAGUCUAACUCAGGCUGUGGACUGCUGGGACAAAGACCCAUCAUUACAACUAACACAUCUCUAUCACACAUCCUCCAACCUGUUCAUAUGUCUGUACAAUCUGGGUGUUUCACUCUCUUCCUCUCUCUCACUCUGUCUAUCUUCCUCUCUCUCUCUCUCAACCCAUAUUACUGCUUCUCUUCUUCUCUGCCUCCCACUCACUUUCUCUUCCUGUCUGUUCCUGUAGCUCUUGAUCACAACGUUCACACAAUCCUCCCAGUCUCAUUUUCAUCCUCCUUUCUCUCUCAAAUAAACCACUUCAUGACUCCUUUUUUCCUCUGUGGAGUCUUUUAUACAAACACAUAAAUGUAAAUUAUGUAUUAUUGAUAAAUUGUAAGGAUAUGAAUGAAAAAGGUGAUAUUCUGAUAUCUCGUUUUUACCAGCAUUCUUGGUGCCAAGAACUGUGAUAACGCUCCUCUCUCAAUGAGGGUCCAAUGGACCACCAAGAGAGGCCCAUCCUGACUUGAUCUUACACAAGGAAUUACCAUCAAAAAAGUGCCAAAUGUUUCAUCUUUCUUUUUGAUCUAUCGCACUUUGUUUUGUUUUUUCUUGCAUUCAGUGUUGCACUGUGGCUGGGCUUUACUCAAGGGGGAAAAGACUGAAUAUAUCCUUGUAAAAAUAUAAAGAGAAUAUUAAGAUUCAUAACUGGUUUGCUGUCUGGGAUCUUUUGCAUGAUUUUUUUUCUUCUAAACGGAGCACGGACAUCGGAGUGGAAAGCUUGUUUAUUUUUAUGUUUGGCCUUGUUUUCUUAUUGUUGUUUUCUUUUCUUCUUGAAAAGUAAUUUCUUUUAGUUUUUUAUAUCUGCUGAACUUUGUGCACUUCAUGAAGAAAACUGUUCUAUUCUGUAGGUACUUCAAAAGAGGUAUCAGGGGAUGAAUAUUGAUCAGAACAAGAAGAACAAAUAUGUCCUUUAUUUUUUCAUUUCUUAUCACUGAGGCCGUGCCACAAGCACCUGCCGCCCUGAGAGACUGUUUGAAGCCCCGUCUCCCCCCCCCCCUCUCUUUUUAGUUCACUCUUUCUCUCAUUACUUCAGCUGUGAAGUGUUGCACGGUCAUCGCGUUACCGUCUCAACUGAAGAUUGUCUUUGAUCAUUCCUCUGUAAAAAAUGUUGUUGGACUUUACCACUCCAUCAGCUUGCAGUGUUUAUCCAUGAUAGGCUAAUACUAGUUUUUCAAUCGUGAAAAUGUCAUAUUUCACGUGAAUUGCCUCAAUGGUAAAAAUGGAUAUAAUUCUAAAUAUUUUCCUGGAAAUGAGGGUUGUCUUUGAACAAUUAUCUUAGUUUUAAGCACUCUUAUCCUCUYCUCAGUGGACUUUUAGCUGCGUGCUACAGGUUUCUGGAUACUGGAUAUGUCAGUCYUUUCAUCUCUUCUGUUGUUCUGAGAUUCUCUCUGUUGUUGAGGGGCAGGGGGUAUGAAGGGGGCUCAGACUGACAUACUGUAGGUCAAAGGUGAAAAAACCUUGUACGCACGUUUCAGAUCUUUCAACUGCACAACUGAACACAGGGACACGACAAACUCUGGACAUUCAUGAGAAAAAAAACUGUUACCGAAGUUGAGACAACGUUAGGAAAACAUUGACAUUGAAAACAAUGGCAAUGGAGACGAAUCUUCAGCAGGCACCUGACAUGUCGCCGAUGCACAGAGGAUGCAUUCUAAAACUUGAGUAGAAAAACAUUUGAUAAACAUUACUCACAUAUAACACAAACAACAAAACUAGCGGGAUGUUUUUCCUGUUUUGUUUCCUGUCUUGUUUUGGGAUGAUGAUGAUCACACUCCGGGGUUAUAGACUGGGGUCCAUCACAGGGGACUGGACAGAGAACCGGGACUCAGAAAAAGAACAAAACACACAUGGGAAACAAACUGUACAUUUUUUUUAAGUCUAAGAGAACAAACUGGUAUUUGUAAAUAUUAUGUUUAUGGUUUGGUUUAUGAGUGAAGGGCCAAAUCUUUCCUUUGUGACAACAGGUGCAAGUUCAGACGGCUGAUUUGAGCUCUUGUUGUUUGAUUUUCUUUCAUAUCUUAGAUUUUCAAGGUCAAAGUGCAACAAGUUAUGGGCACAUAUAGACAGUUAUUAACAUACAUGAAUGAUCUGUGAAUGAAAACUACAUCUAAAAUCAUAGCAUGGUUGAGUUCAACAUAAAUAGCAGUAGGGACAGGGAUAUGGCUCAGGUUUCUCUAGGGUAGAAGGAACAUACUGGACGUGGGUGGGGUUCUGGGGGAGGUCGGCAUUACUUGCACAUUUUGUCAACUGCCACAUCAAUCACGAAGACAGCUUUUGUCUGGAAUGACAAUUCAUUUAUGAUGAGUUAUUUUGCAUCUGUUAGGUGGCCAAUGGUAAGAUCUGCAGAGAUAGCAGAUUUAGAGAGAGAAUAUGGAUACAGAGAGAAAGAAAAAGGGAGAGCGAUAGAGAGAGAGACUGAAGAGGAAGGCAGUGAUAAUGGUAGAGGAAGGCAGUGAUAAUGGUAGAGGUAGAGGAAGGCAGUGAUAAUGGUAGAGAUAGGCAUGGUUUGAAACUGUGCUCAACCCAAACCUACAAAACAAGGGAACUUGAAUCUUGAUGGUGGUGCUGUUGGUAAUUGUUAGUGACACUCACUGUCCUGAGAUAUGACAUACAGUAUUACCGAAUAGCUUAGAGCAGGUACAGUAUGUUGUCAACACCUUAGUACUCUUCAGUCUUGUUUCAGACUCUGAUGGUUGUGGUUGCUUUGCUAUCCUUUACUAUUAUGUCUGCAAUGCACACUGUUUAAGUCAUUUUCUGGAAUAUCAGCUCACCUGUUUGCUGUCCAUUUGAGAUGCCGGGGAUAUGACAGCCAACAGACUGGAAGCACACUCUCACCUGUUUACACGGUGACACUACAGUCUGGCGUUGGCUCAAUGUUACAAACAAAAAAACAUUGCAAAGAUGCAAAUCUCUACUUUUCCAAGGUUCGCGCUGGGUUGCCGAAAAAGACUUGCACCUGUUUGUGUCUAUUUUCAUUUAGUCUGGAAUCCGUAACCUACUGGAGGAUUGAGUCACUGUAAGGAAGCAUAACGAACGGGUUUAAAGAAUGACGUUAAUAUUUCAUAUAGAGGCUAUGACACACUGUAUGUUGUGUGUCUGAACUGGAGAACAUUAAAAAGAUAUCCUUAAACAAA